UAUUUGUGUAUUAAUAAAUAAAUCUUCCGGUAACGAUUGCAUACAAUGUUUAUAAAUACCAAAUCAAUUAUAACGUUCUUUCAAAGAUAAUUUCUAAUAUGUUACGCAUAUUUCAAUUAUCAAACUAUGUGAUUGCUUUGUACAUAGUGAUAUCAAAGUGCGCAGACGUAUACAAACUGUCUGCCUCGCUAUUUGUCUGCAACUCUGGUCUGACCCGACGAAGCCGUGGUCGUAGACAAUGACAGCUCAUAACCGGUCAGAUUAUAAUUUACACUUUGUAAUAGCGUGAUCGAAUAAAGUUCUUUCCACUUCAUUUUUAAAUGAAGGUAUAUAAGAACCCGCGUAAUAUACGUCCAGGCCAAGUUCACGUGAUUUAGUCUAGUACUUCUAUUGAUAAUUUAAUUUUAGUGAAUUUUUUUCUCAUAAUAAUAUCAAAUAUGGCAUUACCAGUAUCUAUAAUUUGCCUAAGGGGCCUUAAGAAUUUAAUUAGGCCACCAAAUAGAACACAGCAAAAGAAAUUGAACGCAGUUAUAACAUUCUCGAUCCAAACGAGAUUCUUAUCAUCUGUAGAACUAACCAAAAACCUGUCAAUAAUAAGCAACGAAAAGAUAAACUCCAAAAUCACCGAUCUCAAAAUUGAACAACCCCAAGACAAACCUUUACUUAUAAUGUUAUCCUGGUUAAUGGCUAAAAAAAGAUACAUUUACAAAUAUGCGGAUAUAUAUUUAAACCAAGGUUUCGAUGUAUUGAAUAUCAACAUAAACCCUUGGCAACUUAUGUGGCCCACCAAUGGAUCACAAGUCGUAGCCAAAGACAUCCUCAAAUUUCUCGAAGCAAAUCCUAGUUACGAUCGUCUCGUGGUACACGGAUUCUCGGUGGGCGCCUACGUUUGGAGCGAAGCUCUAGUGCACAUGUCGACAGAACGACAACGUUAUCAAGGAAUUAUUGAUAGAAUUGCAGGGCAAAUUUGGGACAGCUCCGCCGAUGUCACAGAGUUGUCGAUAGGAGUACCAGUCGCCGUUUUUCCCAAUAAUAAAGUCUUACAAAACACUUUCAAACAAUAUAUAUUGUAUCAUUUGAAAAAAUUCAAUAAAUCCGCUACUGUUCAUUAUGUAAGAGCGAGUCAAAUGUAUCACACAAAUAUUGUACAUGCUCCUGCACAGAUAUUCAUCAGUAAAACCGACCCCAUUGGUACUGAAGAAUCGAAUAGACGAGCUAAGGAUAAUUGGGAGAAUAUGGGAAUUCGGGUUAAUUGGAAAUGCUGGGAUAAAUCACCGCAUGUGGGUCAUUUUAGAGCACACCCUGAGGAAUAUAAAGCUGAAUUGGAGAAAUUCUUAGCAUCAUUAAAUAUUUCUCGAUUAUCCAAAGAACAAAACGAAAUUAAAGCAACUGCUAAACUUGGAUGAGAUACUAGAUAAAAUCUUUUAAAAAAUUGGCCAAAACUACAUAUUUUAUACAGGGUGGAAAAAUACAAUUUUGUUUGUUUUUUUUUUCUAAUAGAAACGUUUUUACGUUGUUGUCAGAUCUUUUAUACAUACGGAAGCGUUUUAUUAAUUCCAAAAAUUCGUAAUUAUAUAAAUUUCAUGUUUAUAUACAGAGUAAUCUAGAGUUAUUGUACGAUAAAAAAAUUUUACUAUAUCAUCGUUCAUUAUUAAUAUAUUUUAGAUUUUUUUUAUAUAAAAAUAUAUAAUAAACUACAUUAUUUAUU